UGAAUAGAUGCCGCAUUGGGCGCCGCGGAGCAGGAAAUUCGGCCGCCAUCUUGAACCGGUCGUCUGCUCCUCUUUGAGCAGCAGAAAGAACAAGGAAGAAGGCGGCGGACCGUGGGAAACACGUCACGGGGAUUACUUUUCACAAUGUUGAGCUCUGGUCCUCGUUUUGGGAUUGUGGACAUUUGGACGCAUGCCUCCUUGACUGACUCCACAAACGCCUUCUAGAAGAUUAUGUGCUGGGCUCAGUCACUCCACUGCUAAUCAAUGCCAACCCCACCUCAGCUGUUGGUCAGGUGGAGAGCGUUAAUUUCACUUCAUCUUCCACAGCCGUGGGCCUCGGUUGCCGCGUAGAUGGUGCAUCCAUGUCGGCCUUCUGGUCCAGCCUGUGUUAUAAAUGCACUAACUACUGUAAUCUUGGCAACAUCACACAAGGAGAGUUCUGGUGAGCGGAGGGGCAGCUAUGCUGGUUCAGACACACGGAGCACAGAGGGUUAGUUGGAAGGCAAACCUGCUGUCCAAAGCCCACCAAAAGCCAAUUGAUCUCACUCCACAGCUCCCUGCAAAAGGAAGCAUCAGAACAAGGCUUCCAUUCUCGCUUGUCCACGACACAAGGCUUGGCCAUGAAUAAACAACCAAGCAAGGAGAGUUUGAAGGACAAGGUGAAGGGGAUCUUUGGACUGGGACCCCCACGUCCUCCCAGCAAACAGAGUGACCACAAGCCAUCUGAGUUCAUCAUUACAACUGAUAUCAUCAAGGAGCUCCACCCAGAAUGUGGACUAAGUAACCGUAUUCGCACAAUGAAUCAUGUUUGUGAUCUUGCCAAAACGAAAAGAUUUGAGGAGCAUGCGGUCGAUGCAGUGUGGAAAGCUGUGGACGACAUGCUAUCACAGGAGCAGCCACCAGAAGCCAGACAUGCUGUCCUGCAGCUACUCAGGGCCAUUAUACAAGGACAGGGUGAGCGACUCGGGCCCCUGAGAGCCUACUUUUUCAGGGUGAUCAGAGACUAUCAACCCUGCAAUGAAGACCUUUCUGAUAGACUGGAAGUCUUUAAGGCUUUGACUGAGAAUGGGAAGGACAUCACAUACCUUGAGGAGGACAUAGCUCGCUUUGUCCUGUUGUGGAUGGACAUAGGUCUCACGUCCGACUUUCUUCACGUUCUUGUCAAUCUGGUGAAAUUUAACAGCUGCUACUUGGACCAAAAUGUCUCCAUCAUGGUCCAGAAAAUCUGUCUUCUGUGCAACAGAACAACCUCUUCAUCAGAUAUAGAGGUGGCACUCCAAGUCCUUGACGCGGUGGUGUGUUACAACUGUCUACCCUCAGACUCGCUCACCGUUUUUAUAAUUACCCUCUGUCGCACAGUGAACGUAAAAGAAUUUUGUGAAUCCUGCUGGAAGUUGAUGAGGAAAGUGCUGGGAACUCAUCUUGGCCACAGUGCCAUUUACACCAUGUGCCGCAUAAUGGAGGAAAGGGUGUAUAUGGAAGAUGCACCGUUGUUGAGAGGAGCUGUGUUCUUUGUUGGAAUGGCGCUGUGGGGAGCGCACAGGCUCCCUGCACUCAAAAACACCCCUACACUGGUUCUGCCAUCUUUUUACAAGGCCAUGUCAUGUGCAAAUGAGGUGGUGUCCUAUGAAAUUGUCCUCUCCAUUACCCGACUGAUCAAGAAGUACGGCAAGGAGCUUCAGGUUGUCACGUGGGACAUCCUGCUGGGAAUCAUAGAGCGCCUGUUGCAGCAGAUUCAGGCAAUAGGCAGUGCUGAAUUGAAAACCAUAGUGUAUGAGCUGUUGACAACAGUGGAAGAGCUGUAUGAGCAGAAUGGUUAUCAUGGUUCCACAGAGAAGUUCUUCAGUCUGGUGGAGAAGUGUGCUGACAAAAGACCUGAUGCAUCGGUGCUGACGCUUAUCUCAUACCGGGCGCAGUCCAUUCAGCCUGCCAAGGAUGGCUGGAUUCAGAGCCUUCACCGCCUCAUGGAGAAAUUUUUCAGGAAUGAGAGUCGUAGUGUGAUCAGGAUCAAAGUGCUUCAUAUCCUGUCAUUUGUUCUAAGUACCAACCGUCAGCUGUAUGAGGAUGAAUUGAUAGAAAUGGUAGUCAUCCCCCAACUAAGUGGGAUAGCUGAAGACCGAGACCUUGCUGUAAGAAAACAGGCUACCCAGCUCCUGGUGGACCUGGGUGAGGGCUGUAACACCCACCACUUCACUAGCUUGCUAGACAUCAUUGAGCGGGUGGCCAGCCGUUCUCUGGUGUGUUCAGGACUUGUGGAGGUUUCAGAGAGGGAGUCUAUAGCAGAGUCUCCCAUGGAAGAUGUUAGGACUGCUAUACUGGGACUACUUGAGAUUCUUCAGAGUAAGCUCUACAGUCUACCAGCCAGCCAUGCCACACGUGUGUAUGAGUUGCUGAUCAAUCAUCUGCAGCUCCACUAUAAGAGCAAGUACUGUUCGGCCAUUAGCUCAAGCAUCAGACUAAAGGUCUUUGAAUUUCUGCUGAUGAUGCGAGCAGACUCGCUUCAUCGAGUUGGGGUCCCCAAUAAAGAUGGCAUCAUAAGAUUCAGCCCUUAUUGCCACUGUGACUCAGGGGAGCCGGAGAAAAGAGCCAUUGAAAAAAAAAACACAGGUCCAACGUCUCCCCCUGCUAGUGGUCCCCCUACUGCUCCUCCAACAUCUACAACCUCAAUGAUACGCUUGGCCUACUUGCCCUAUUCACCUGCUUUCAGCGUUGUCCUGCAGUGCCUCAAGAUGGAGACUGAUUGGAAAGUGCUAAAACUGAUCCUUGAGAAGUUACCAUGGACACUGCAGUACAAAGUUAUGUUGCUCACUUCGCCUUGCAGCUUGGACCAACUUUGUUCUACUCUCUGCUGCAUGGUGACGGACCGGCUGAUUUCAGAGCGCUUGAAAAAGACACCGGAGGGGUUUUCACGAACUGAUGUUCAGCUGGCGGUGGUUCCUGUCCUUACAGCAAUCACGUCCUACCACAGCUAUCUGGAACAAUCAAGACAAAGAGAGCUUGUCCAGUGCCUAGAAACAGGCCUCAUUUACCGCUGUGCUAAGCAGUGUGUGGUGGCUCUUACAAUGUGUACGGUGGAGAUGCCUGACAUCAUGAUCAAGCUUCUUCCCGCUCUUAUUGUCAAGCUCACCCACAUCUCUGCCACUGUUGCCAUGGCAUCGCCAAUGCUUGAGUUCCUCUCAACUCUGGUGCGCCUACCUCACCUUUAUGCCAACUUUGUAGCUGAGCAGUAUGUUAGCGUGUUUGCUAUCUCACUGCCAUACACUAACCCCUCUAAGUACAAUCAGUACAUUGUAUCCUUGGCCCAUCAUGUGAUUGCCAUGUGGUUCAUUCGCUGCAGAUUACCCUUCCGUAAAGACUUUGUUCAGUACAUCACAAAGGGUUUGCGUUCCAACGCCCUGCUUCCAUUUGAUGACGGCCACGAGCAGAGUUCAUUUCGUGCCCGAAGCACUAGCCUCAACGAAAGGCCCAAGAGUCUUCGGGCAGCAAAAAUGGCGAAGGCGGCAGCGGUGGUAGCCAAUAGCAGCAGCUCUCCAGUAAAAGAGCUGCGGGACCUGUCAGCCAUGGACGCUUUCCGAUCCCGCAGCAUCAGUGUCUCCGAACAUGCGGUCCGCAGGAUGCAAACUUCCAACACCACCUGCAGCCUGGGCUCCGCUGACGAAAACGCAGUAACUCAAGCAGAUGAGGGCCUGAAGACGGUCCACCUGGAACUCACUGAGACGUGUCUGGACAUGAUGGCACGAUAUGUCUUCUCCAACUUCUCAGCACUGCCCAAAAGAUCUCCAAUUGCAGAGUUCCUCUUGACAGGAGGUCGCAGUAUGACCUGGCUGGUGGGCAAUAAGCUGGUGACCAUCACCACCAGCGCAGGGGUCCGCACUCAAGCAAUGCUGGGCCUGGACAUGGCUGAUCGACUGGGGGGAGGAGGGGAAAUGACCAGCAGGUCUGAUCCAUCACUGCACACCCGGAUAACUAAAGAGGCACCCGCCAAAUUGGAAUCCCAGUCAAGUCAGCAACAAAGCAGGGCCACUCGCAUACGGGUUCGCUCCAUGUCAGGUGGUCACGCUCUUCGUGCUGGUCCGGCCCAAAGCCUUAGCCCUUUAGUGUCCCCCUCAGAGGGAGAGUUAGCUGCAUCGCUGUCUACAUCCGCUGCUCCUACCCUGGAUAGCCUCAGUCCUUCCUCCUCCACCUCUGCCACUCCGUCAGCCCCACAACCGCUCAAAGACAACCCAAGCCUGGCCGAGUUUGUCCCCAUGCUCACGCAGGGUUGGGCUGAGAUCUUCAUUCGAAGACCAUCUGGUAACACAAGCUGGUUGAUGUGUCUGGAAAACCCGCCCAGUCCCUUCUCCUCCGAGCUUGGUAAUAUGCCCCUGCAGGAGCUCUCCACUGUCCUCAUGGCAAUGGAGGGAGUAAAGGAACCUCCUGCCCAGACGGCCAGUGCUCCAGCCAGCACGGCGGCUCCUGCACCAGCUGAGCCUUUUAGCCAAGCACACGGCAGUGCUGGAGGGAAAGCACAUGUGAUUCAGCGCUCCAACACGGUGGGCGACGCUCUCUGGUUUCUAGGUCAGGGCAGUGCCUUCAUAGGCCCUCCGGCCCCUGGCAGGUUGCACAGGAGCAUUUCCUGGGCAGACUCAGUCGUGGUAAAGGAGGAAGGGGCAGGGGUCACAAGUGCACAAACCCCUUCCGACUGGCUUGAGAGUGAGGAGUUUGAGCCCAUGCCGACCGACCCCAUCUUCAUUUCGGCCUUAAUUCCUAAAACGCUCAGCAGGUCAUCUUCCACCUCCAGUCAAGAUGAUGAAAAGUCCACCUUGGAGGAAGUGAGCGAGGGAGCCAUUCCAAUCGAUCAGCCUAGUCAGGGGCUCUCCUCCCCUGGCAGCCAAGAACUGCUCUUCCAGGGCACCAACCAGUCCCAGGGUCACGGACUCAACAAGUCCAGUUCCUCCCCAGAACUUCAAACCUUACCAGAAGCCUUCUCUAAAGCUGCUAUGGAGUCAGAGAAGAUGCUGGGAGACGCCGGGCAGUCCAGAGUGCUUUCAGAGGUCAAGGUCCAGCCGCCUGCCGAGAGGGAGAACAUAGGAGGCGACCUCCAUGGACCCCCCGUGUCGAGUCACGUAAAGGAAGCGACUGCGCUGGUGCCGCCUCAAAGCGGUGGAGCAAGAAUGAAGUUGGAGUUCCCACCAGCUGGAGCACAAACAGGGCCCAUCUCACCCGGCGGGGGCCACAGACCCCGGGGCCACACCAUCUCUGUAUCAGCGCCGUCUUCUAGGAGGGAGAGGAGGACUGACAGAGAUUCGUAUCACAGUCGACCUGGACCCAGCAACACUGAGAAGACAUCUGGGCUCAGUCCAAGCUUUGUAUUCCUCCAGCUCUACCACUCUCCAUUUUUUGGCAAUGAAGCCAACAAGCCUCUGCUGCUGCCCAAAACAGAGGUGAUUGAUCGUGCUGUGAAGGUUUUGGACCAGAUGCCUCCUUAUGACACUCAUAAAAUUGGAGUAAUCUUUGUCGGAGCAGGUCAGGUCAACAAUGAGGUGUCCAUCUUGUCCAACGAGUACGGUUCAAACCGUUACGCUUCCUUUCUCACCGGCCUCGGUAAAUUAAUCCACCUGAAGGACUGCGACCCCGACCAGAUCUUCUUGGGGGGGCUGGAUCAAUACGGCGAUGACGGCGAGUUCACCUACUGCUGGCAUGACGACAUCAUGCAAGCCAUCUUCCACAUCGCCACACUGAUGCCUAACAGAGAGAGCGACAAAGGCUGCUGCGAUAAGAAGCGUCACAUCGGCAAUGAUUUUGUCAUGGUGGUGUACAAUGAUUCUGGCGAGGACUACAAACUGGGCACCAUUAAGGGCCAGUUUAACUUUGUGGAAGUGAUUAUCAAACCUCUAGAUUAUGAGUGUAAUCUGGUCACCCUGCAGUGUCGUAAAGACUUGGAAGGCUUGGUUGAUACGACUGUGGCGAAAAUUGUUUCCGACCGCAACCUCCCCCUUUUGGUCCGACAGAUGGCUCUUCAUGCCAACAUGGCGUCCUUGGUGCACCAGUACAGAGCCAACCCCUCCGACGCUUACGCCUCCAAGUGGUUGGCACGGUUACGGCACAUCAAGAGGAUCCGAACCCGGGCUCACGAAGACAUUCAAUCUCGCUCCACUCCCGGCAUCUCGCUCACGCAGGGACACGCUCAGCAGAACAAAUCUUUUCAGCAGAGCAGCAGCGCAGCUUUGAACGCGGAGAGCUCGGGCCAACGCAAAAGGUUGGUGUCAACCGUGGACGACUUCACUGAUUUUGUGUGAUUCCACUCUGUGGGCGGGACACUCUUCAUUUGGACUGAAACUGAUUGUGCACCUUGUCAGCCUCGCUAUUAUAAUAAAGGCUUUUGUCCUCAGCG